UUGACGCAUUCGUUUUUGCGCGCACAAACACACGCGCGCGCGCACGCGCACACGCAAGCCGCGAGUGACCAGAGAGCUCGCCAGGACGCAGCGUAGCCGGGCCAGGAAAACGGAACGGGGAGCAGCGAGUUCGUUUUUCCCCCCAAAGAAACAUUCCCGAGCUGGUCGGCUCGCUGGCUGACGCGCGCACCAUGGAUGACAAGUCAUUCACCAAGGAGCUGGACGGAUGGAUUGAACAACUGAACGAGUGCAAACAGCUGAGUGAGAACCAGGUCAAAGUCCUGUGUGAAAAGGCGAAGGAGAUCCUUACAAAGGAAUCCAACGUGCAGGAGGUGAGAUGUCCGGUGACAGUCUGCGGAGAUGUCCACGGUCAGUUUCAUGACCUGAUGGAGCUGUUUAAGAUCGGGGGGAAGUCUCCAGACACCAACUAUCUCUUCAUGGGAGACUAUGUUGACAGAGGCUACUACUCUGUGGAGACAGUUUCUCUUCUGGUUUCUCUUAAGGUAAGGUUCCGUGAACGAAUCACCAUUCUCAGAGGGAACCACGAGAGCAGACAGAUCACACAGGUGUACGGCUUCUACGACGAGUGCUUAAGGAAAUAUGGAAACGCCAACGUCUGGAAGUACUUCACAGAUCUGUUUGACUACCUGCCGCUCACGGCGCUGGUAGAUAACCAGAUAUUCUGCCUCCAUGGAGGGUUGUCCCCUUCGAUAGACACACUGGAACACAUCAGAGCGCUGGAUCGCUUGCAGGAGGUUCCUCAUGAGGGUCCAAUGUGUGACCUGUUAUGGUCCGACCCAGAUGACCGUGGCGGCUGGGGCAUCUCACCUCGUGGCGCCGGUUACACUUUUGGGCAGGACAUUUCCGAGACCUUCAACCAUGCAAAUGGCCUGACAUUGGUCUCGAGAGCCCACCAGCUGGUGAUGGAGGGUUACAAUUGGUGUCACGACCGCAAUGUAGUGACAAUCUUCAGUGCACCAAACUAUUGUUAUCGCUGUGGGAACCAGGCAGCCAUCAUGGAACUUGACGACACAUUGAAAUACUCCUUCCUACAAUUUGAUCCUGCGCCACGCAGAGGGGAACCCCAUGUGACGCGGCGUACGCCAGAUUAUUUCCUGUAAGAGUCACUGGCGAGGAUGGCAAGAGGCUACACAGAGAAAAGAAGCAGUCUCAACUCAUGGACCAAAAUAAAUGUGUGCCAUAAUAGAAAGUAUCACAUCUAGAUAAAGACCACAAUCCUUUCAACUUUUUCCUCUCUGUGCAUGAUGUUUUUAUUGCUAGAAAUGAACAACACAAUCACGAUACCUGCUGGUUUGUCAGGAAAUACGUAUAAACUGAUACAGAGGAUAAUAAGUAAAUGUAAGUAAUGUGUGUGUUGAUAAUAAGCAAAGUGUUUCCAUAUACAGUUUGUAAGCUGCAUCUUACACUUGGCAUGGCCUCAAAUCAAAGGUUGCAGUAAAUAUAAUGUCAACUCUUUCUUUUUGUAACUGAAGCGCAACAGUUUAUUUUGUGAAGUGAAAUUAUAGGCUUAGACGUCGGAAAUGAGUAUGUUCUCUUUGCACUUUUGUAUUUGAUUUUUAUCACAUGGCACUGACAGACUUUGUUCUUUUUUAUACCCUGUUAUAGUGUAAGGAACCCUCUCUCUGCCCUGCUGUCUCUUAUGGGGGUUAAUCUAAUCAUUUAAAUAGGCAAUAAUGGUACCAGUUAAAUCGGUUGUUGAAAGAAAAAUAAGUUUAUGUUUUGCAGCCACCACUAUACGAAUAAAAACGGAAGUUGCUUCGUCAUGUACUUCA